AUGGCGGACCCCAGACAGGACAUGUAUGACGCCCUCACGCGGCUCCGGCAGCACAUCGGCAGCGGCAGGCUCGUGCUGUUCGUCGGCGAACAACUGUCAGUACUCCCGCCGCCCGCUAGACUGGACCACUGGUGGCAAAUACAGAGCGGCAUCAGUGGUCUGGCCCAACUUGAGUCCGACUUCAUGAAAAACCUUCCCCAGCGGCCGGCCAAAGUGCAUAACGUCCUCCGCACCCUGGGAACGUUCCCGCUCAUCCUCACGACCAAUCAGGACGAACUUUUGGAGAGGCUGCUCUGGGGACGAGGAAGUCUGGGCUCUGCCUUGGGAGAGAAAAUUCGACUCGACCAGGUCGGGCAGGUGAUGAAAGACUGGCCCGAGCUCCACCGGCACCUGAUCGUCAAAAUGUUCGGGGACACCAGCUACACAGCCCGCUGCAGC